AUGAUUUUGCAACGUCGGGCAGUCGAGCAAUCGUGCCGGUCAGGGCGAGCGAGUGUUUACGGAGAUUCGAAUGUGGCGUUCGUUCUGCCGUCGACGGGCGACGUUUUGCUCUGCGAUAGAAACGUCUCUCAAGUUGAUGUGCAAAUGCUGAGCUCGCUCGACAACUUUCAUACUUGGGAUCCGUCUGCUAAUAAUGUCUCUUCUUCGAGCGGCGGUCUCGCCUUGUUCGACAGCAAAUACAAUGAAAUAGCAGUCUCUAAUCUAUCCGACUAUAUCCACGUUUUCAUCCGCCAUGAAGAGUCCAACUCGACUGCAAAUCGUUCAACAGCAAAUCAGACGUACACAGUGGGAUGUAUGCAGACCGGGAUACACGGUGUUGCGUUGACGUUGGAAAGUUCGUCUCUCCUGUUGAGUGUUGAACCAGAAAUUGUAAACGACAAUCAGUCGUUAACAUUGUUGGUGAAAUAUGCGUCUUAUCCAACGUCACAAGAUUAUGACUUUCAAUACACUUUACCAUUACCGGAUGACUACUUGAUCGAUUAUCGGUUAGACAGUGAUGACGUUGGGAAGAGUUUGGAACGAUCUACGGAUUUCUCUACGAAUUUAAGUCCCUAUACGGUUUUUAUACCGUCUUCUUUGCUCACGAAUGGCACUGGAGAGUACUUUGUUGGCAUUCGGUUGGCUUUUAAUGGGUCUGAGAGUGCGCUCAACUCCGGGUGUGUGGGGACUACAAAUGUUUCUUACAAGUUUUAUGCUCGUGCGCCUGCGUGUUUGUUUUGGGAUGACAAUCUGGAGACGUGGCGUUCUAGUGGCUGUAAAGCGGGACCUUAUUCUUCAUCUCAUCAGAUCCACUGUCUCUGCAACCAUCUGACUUUCUUUGGUGGCAGUUUUCUAGCGCCUCCAAAUUCAAUAAAUUUUAUAUCCGACGCGGUAGCUUUUGCUUCUAUCGCCGACAACCCGGUCGCUUUUUCUCUCGUAUUGUCUAUCUACGGUCUCUACCUCGUCCUUUUCGUCUUCGCGUAUCGUGCCGACCGCCGCGAUUCGAAAGAGGCGGAAAUAAUCGUCCUCACCGACAACCUCUUUCAUGGAGACUAUCUCUAUGAGGUAACCAUAGCAACAGGAUUGCGUCGCAAUGCGGGGACAAGCUCCAACGUCGGCAUCGUGUUAGUUGGCGAAGAGGGCAGCAGCGAUCCGCGACUUCUUCAAGCCGACGGAUGCAACUUAUUUCGACGCGGUGCCGUCGACGUGUUUCGCUUGACGAAUUAUCAUUCAUUAGGUCAAUUGAAAGGAGUGCAGAUCUGGCACGACGGAACCGGGGAUCAAUCCGGAUGGUUUCUUGAUCGAGUUCGCAUUCGAGACAUGAAAACUGGUGAUGUAUGGUUAUGUCUCUGUGGUCGGUGGUUGGACACGAAGCGUGGCGACGGACGAAGCGGUCGAUUUGUACCGGUCGCGAGCGGAGAAGAACUGAAGUCGUUUACUCACUUGUUUCCUUACAAGUCGGCACGAGGAUUUACAGACAGUCAUAUCUGGUUUUCUCUCUUCACUCGACCUCCGACCAGUCACUUCACUCGUGUGCAACGUCUUUCCUGUUGUUUCUGCCUUCUGCUGUGUUACAUGUGUGCUAGCGCUCUGUGGUAUGGAGCAGUCGACGAAGGCAGCACGGCAACUGCAAACCAAUCUUUGGGACCGUUCGAGUUCACUUGGGCCGAGAUCUACACUGGAGUGAUGACCAGUCUCAUUGUAUUCCCCAUCAACGUUCUCAUCGUUCAGAUAUUCCGUUUGGCUGCUCCGAAAACAAAGAAAAACUGUUGUCUCGUCUGCAGCGAAUCGCGCUACUCGACCAAACGCAAGCGUCGAGUCUCACUCGGUCCUACUUUCCAACGCAAACUACUGACGGUAGCGUCGAGGCUCACGUCGCCCGAUUGGAGAAUGUUUUCCUCUCGAGUAUCACCCAUAGCCGACGAGAGCGAUGUGAGAUUGUUGUUGAGAGAAGAUUCUAGUGUAUCAAAGAUUUCUACGGAUCCCUUUGUUGGUUGGACCGAUGACGACUCGCUCUCAAAUUCUUCAUGUCCGCAGACGGCUCUCUCUGCGACGACUGUUUAUGAGGACGAGAAGUCGAAGAAGCAUCGCAUCUGUUGCUUCAAGUUUCGAUUGCCGCACUUUUUUGUUUAUGUCGCCUGGUUUCUUCUUGUCGCCUGCAGCGCUCUCUCGUCUUACGUUACCAUUUUGUUGGGAUACAACUUUGGUACCGAGAAGGCGACCGAGUGGGUGCACGCCUUUCUAGUUUCUACUAUACAAUCUAUCUUUGUUACACAACCGUUUAAAGUUAUUGGCUUUGCUGUGUUUUAUGCGAUGAUCAUCAAACGGGCGGAGAUUGAUGGUGAGGUGGACGCCGAUGCGGCAGACUUAGUGUUGAGCAGAAGUGACAAUGAAGCGAUGGAUCCUCGACACUUUCAGCCGCCAUCUAGGCAGUCGAAGUUUGAUCAGUCGGUCAGGACGGCUCGAAGGAAGCUGAGGAAGAAGGAGGGUACGUUCAGGGCUAUAAGAGAUCUUGUUAUUUAUGCGACGUUUCUCACUAUUUUGUGGAUGAUUGCGUACACGGAUCGAACACCGGAUAUGUACUAUAUGACAAAAGCUGUCAAAAACAUCGUUCUCAAAGCGAAUGGUGGAAGUGGCAUUGCAUUUAGUGAUGUAAGUCGUGCGUCCGAGUUUUGGCGGUGGACCGAAACGACUCUGCUACCUGGAUUGUAUGGUGAAUACUGGUACAACGGUGACCGUAUGGAAAAUGGCUUUACGGCAGAACCGUAUCUCAAACUCGUCGGGAAACCGAGACUGAAGCAGUUCAGAGUAGAGAAAGGAUCGUGUACGGUGCCAGGUAUACUUGCAGAUGAAGUCACUCGCUGUUACAAUUCUUAUUCCAGUGACUCUGCUGAUCGCGGAUGGUACCGUCGUGGCUGGUUACCUCUCACACGGACAGACAACAUUUCUCAGAUCGGAUGGCAUUACUCAUCUUCUAAUACAUGGCUUAUAUGGGGACAAACCGGAACGUACACUGGUGGAGGAUAUGUGGUGGAUUUAGACAGGAAUAAUAGAUCGAUUGCAGGCGAGACAAUAUCAGGACUACAGGAGAGCAGAUGGAUUGAACACGGAACUCGAGCUGUUACUGUCCAGUUUACUGUAUACAAUGCUAACUCCAAUCUCUUCUCCAUCUGUCUCUUGCUUGUUGAGUUUCCUGCUUCAGGAGGUGUUAUGACGUCACACACAGUCUACACGACGCGUCUCUUUCGUUAUGUGACGAAUUUUCAGUUGUUUAUAGUGGCAUGUGAGGCCGCCUUUGUAUUCUUUCUUUUCUACUACACUGUGAAGGCAAUACGGGCGAUCCACAAGGUAAAGGGAGCGUUUAUUGUUGAGCCAUGGAAUUGGGUGGAAAUGUUGGUUAUUGUGCUGGGUUGGACGACGACUGGUGUGUACAUAGCAAGGCUGGUUUAUGUGCUACAGGCGAGUGACAAUUUUCAGUCGAACCCAAAUCAGUUUGUUGACUUUUAUCACAUUUUUGUGUUGGAUACUAUUUAUCUCACGGGAUCGUCGCUGGUCGUCUUCUUCAGUUUUCUCAAGAUUCUUCGUCUUCUUCAGUUCAAUCGCCGCAUGCUGUUGCUGGCGGGAACCCUCAGAAGGUCGGGAAUGCAACUUAUAGCAUUCGCUAUUGCCUUUCUUAUUGUGAUGGUGGCAUUUGCGUCACUUCACAUGGGAGUGUUUGGUGCCAGUGAUUACAGAUUCUCAUCCAUGUUCUCUGCACUGCAAUAUCAGAUUGAGAUGAUUCUCGGAAAGUUUGAGGCGAAUCGGUCGAGAGAUGAUUACCCCAUUGCGGCCCCCCUCAUUUUCAUCAUGUUUGUGCUGACGGGUGCGAUGCUCUUGUCCAAUCUGUUUAUUGUUCUUAUCAAUGAGACGUUUUCAGCCGUCAAAAGAGACAAUGAUCAAACACAAAACAAGUAUGAAGUGGUCGAGUAUAUCAAGGAACUGGUUGGCCUUGGCAACGACUGUGAUGAAGAGGAAGAAGACAUGACAAAUGGACAUGAUGACGACGACGACGAAGGCAUCGGCUCCAAAGCUCCGUCAGCUCAAGUAAUGGAAACUAUGUAUUCCGCUUUGGAUGGAAAAAUGGAUUUCAUAGUUGAACGAUUUACUGAACUCCAGACGAGGACGACACGACUCGAGAUGGAUUGUCUACUCGAAGAACUGGAAAACGUGUAUAUGUCAGCUCCCGCUAUCCAAACAACUAGUCUCUAAUUCUUUGGACGACAUUUUGUGUUUUGCUGUGUGUAACAUGAGUAGGUUGCAGCCACGUGACUUGCUUGUUGUACUGGAUAUCUCAACAUCUAGCUGCUUGUUUAGGUAGAGUUAAUUAAUUAUUGUGUUUGUGGAAAUGGAUUUGUGGUUAUAUCUCUAACGAAAUAACUACA